CAGAACUGACGUAUAUCGGAGGUACAUAUAACACUGGGUAACGCCACGUAGACAUACAUUGGAGUUUGAAACCGCGCAGGACUGAGCGGUUUUAAGCUUUCUUCUGACCAUCGGAACUUCUAUUCUCAAGCACAGAGGUGGGUUGGGGUCUGAAGCCGAGGAAGACAGUGACAACAUGUGGGGGAAGUGGACCCUCAUCCUCUGCGCGAUGGCAACAUUGGGUGCUGGGGCAAAUGCCGAUCCAGCAUCCGUGUUGGCCGAUGAGCCUCGACACCGAGAAAAAAGGAAUCUUGCCCAGUUCGGAAUCAUGGUGUUUGAAGUGACGGGACGAAACGCCUUAGACUACAAUGACUACGGCUGCUACUGUGGGUGGGGCGGGUCCGGAACUCCUGUGGACGACAUUGACAGGUGCUGCCAGGUUCAUGACGCAUGUUAUGACUCUGUGAGCUGGCCCAAACUCACCACAUACACCUAUACCGCCAGUAGGGGAACCGCGACGUGCAGUGACGCCCCUGGCUCUAACGAACGUGCCGUGUGUGAGUGUGACCGGGCGGUUGCCUUGUGCUUCAACAGUCACGUGUACACCGAGAAGAAACCAUGUGUCGACCCCACAGCCAGCGAGUCAGAAGAAGAGCCUCCUGUUGAGACAUGCCCGGUGGAUGUCAUGUUCCUCCUGGACGGUUCCUGGAGCAUCGGCCGGCAGAUAUUCCAGGAAGAGAAGGAAUACGUCGAGAACGUGGUCGGAUGUCUAAGGAACGAGGAUGUCAACGUGGGUGUGAUCAGUUACGACGUGUCACAGAGUGUGGGCGUGCCGUUAGGAGACUACGGGAACACCGUGGACCUUCAAAACGCCAUUUUCAGCAACGGUAACUUCACCGGAGACUUUGCACGGACUGGCGUGGCCAUCAGAUACAUGAAAGCCGUGACAAAGUUCCGAGAAGAGGCACGUAAGGUGGCUGUUGUUGUGACAGACGGAACCGAACAAGCUGCAGAGAUUUCUUACGACCCGAACCAGUAUAUAGGUUAUUCCAGGAGCGCGAGGGAUGCCGGGAUCGACCUGUACGGCGUUGUUGCUGGACGGGAAGGGUUUAUCAAUGACGCGGUGCACGUCAUCAUCACCGGCGACAGCUCCAGAGUAGUGCGCAUGUCAGACGACUCUCCGUGCGACCUCUCCUUUAUGAUUGAGCAAUGUGCCGAGACAGAGGUACACACAGCGCCUUGUAACCCAGGCUGGAGCUACAACGGAACAUGGUGCAAUGAGAUUGACGAAUGUGAGACCAACAAUGGCGGCUGUGCUCAGGUCUGUACCAACACCAUCGGCAGUUUCCAGUGUUCCUGUCAGGACGGCUUCAGCCUCAACUCGGAUGGAUUCACCUGUGACGAAAUUUUACUGGGAGGGCCAGCCCCUCCACCGCCGCCGCCGCCUCCACCGCCGGCCGUCACAGACCUUCCACCACCACCUCCACCCUUACAUACCGGCGGCCCGCUUCCCGAACUACACCGGAUAGUGGAAGGUCACUACCAGAUUGGCCUAGAGAUUGGCUUAAAAUGCGUUGUCUAUCUGGAUCUUAGCGGAUGUCGACUCGACAUAACUUUCGAUCCUGAUUUCUGCGCAACUGUCCACCUUUUCCUUUCAACUGUCCUCCCAAAUCUGUCUCUAGAUGACUAUCGCAAUGGUCUCGCUUCUGAUAUGCUUGACGUGGCAUUGUAUAGUGGCUACAUUGACCGCUGUGACGACGAACUAUCGCUUUCAGGGGGCACUACACAGCCCUUGACUAUCAUACCUUCUAUUCUGACACUCGAUGAGUUUUCCGUCGAUGUCACUUACACUUAUGCCGUGCCUUCAUACUUCAAUGCGGUCUUUAGUGGUGUGUGGACCAUCGGUGAUGUGGACUUUACAGUGACACUACAGAAAUCUGAAAAUGGGUUUACUCUCAUCGGUCUAGGGCCACAGAUUACCAGUGUGGCCACUGAUAGAAUUAUAUCAGGGCUUUCCUCUCUUGUUCCUAGUGAUAGUAUAAGUGAGCUGCUUCAUUACCUGACGCUUGGCAGCGUCGCUGGCACAGACUUAGGUGUUGAGUUCAUGAUUGGAAACGGUGGUGGACAAAGUUUGGAAUUAGACUUUGAAACGGAGACACCAUUUGACAUUGGUAACGGCUUGAUCAGGGUUUCCGGGCCAGGACCCGAAGAUGGUCCUGUCAUUCUUGUCGACAUCAGCUGGAAUCCACCGCAUGCAGAGGUGCUCAUCGACGGCGGCGUCACCGUUCUAGGCAUUCAUACUAACGCCACGAUAUCCAUGGAUGCGACCAGGACUUACUUUGCCAUUGAUGGAAGCUUCCUCAACAUGUUCUCAGCAUCGCUUGAGAUAGAGGCCAGCUACGGAUCUCUGCAGGAUGCUGAGUUCUCUGCAACUGGAACCUUUAAAAACGACCUGUUCAGCACUCUGCAAGACGAGGUCGAAAGUACCUUGGACAACCUCGUCAAUGAAGCCAAAGAGGCGUUAGGCAGUGCCGGCAAUAUGAUAGCCAACGCCCACCAAGCGUGUGAUGCUGCACUGGCAGCCUAUGACUCUGCGGAGGCUGAUGUUUACAGUGCACAAAGUGACUUUGACAACGCAGUUACACGAUGGAACAAUGCAACACAGGACUUGGAGAAUAAAAAGGCGACCUUCGACAGCGCAGUUGGUGAUCUGAAUGAACAAGAGCAAAACUGCCAGCCCGGUGACUGUGGCUGGUGGGAUGUUCCGUGCCAAGUAGCCAAAGAAGCAUGUCGUGCUGCUCUGGAGCUCGCAAGGGCGGCAGUAGAAGCAACCAGAGGCUCACUAGACGUUGCCCAAUUGGCCGCCACAGAAACCCAGGAGAUGGUGGACAGCAACCGCUGGGCACUGGACACCGCAAAUGCUGCUUUGGAAGCGGCAACCGUCACAGUCCACGAGUCAUGCGAUAUUGGCAUCGCCACUGCUGAGGAUUCGCUGAUCGCUGCGCAGGAGAGCAAUGCGUUUGGAAUCAGCGUGGCAGAGAAGAUCGGCGGAACUCUGCACAGCCUCGUGAAGGAAGCCACAGAGGCCUUGGACAGCGCCAGCAAUGACGUCAACAUCGCCCAACAAGCAUGCGAUGCCGCGAGGGCAGCCUUCAAUUCUGCAGGGGAUGAUGUUGACAACGCACAACGUGCCUUUGAGAACGCAGUUACAACUUUGGACGCUGCAACGCUGGACUUGGAGAAUGUAAGGGCAAGGUUCGAAAGCGCUGAACUGGAUCUGGCCGAAAAGCAGCAAAACUGCCAGCCCCGUGACUGUUCUGCUUGGGAUCUUCCGUGCUUUGCAUUCAAUGCUGGGUUAGUGGUGUGCCAAGCUGGUGUGGAGUUGGCAAAGGGGGCGGUGGGAGCAGCUAGGAAGACACUGGACGAUGCCAACCUCGCCACUUCAGCUGCCCAAGGGGGAGUGGACAACAGUCAAUGGGCACUUGAUGCUGUCAAAGGUGUUCUAGAAGGAACAAGAGCCGCAGUCUACGAGUCGUGCGAUAUUGAACUCAUCGCUGCAGAGGGAACACUUGCUGCCACUCAGGCAGCCAAUUCGUUUGGCCUGGAACUCGCACAGAAAGUCGAGGAAGCCGAAGACAUCUUCGUGAAGAAAGCGACUCAGGCAUGGGACAGUGCCAACAAUGACGUCACCAUCGCCCAACAAGCAUGUGAUGCCGCAAGGGUAGCCUACAACUCUGCACAGGCUGAUGUUGCCAGUGCACAAGCCGACUUUGACAACGCAGUUUCAGGUCUGGACAAUGCAACUCAGGCUUUGGAAAGUGCAAAUGCAAAUUUUGAGAGUACCAUCGCUGACCUGAAUGAACGGCAGCAAAACUGCCAGCAAAGGGAAUGUGCUGAUUUUUGUAAGUCAUUCAUCAUGCAUUAA